AUGAAGUCGUCUGGCACAAGACCACUCUCGAAAAAUUCAUCAUCAUCUUCCCGAGGCCUCUCAUCGGGAGAUGCUACCUCAAAGAAGAAGAGAGCUCUUUCAUCAUCAUCGAAUGGAAACAAACCAGAAAGGAUGUCUGCCAUCCAAAAAUCAAAUUAUUACUUGAUGGGCGAACGAGAACCAACAAGCGAACAGUUUAAACCAUACAUGGACCGAUUGAUUCAGCCUCAUGUUACUUCCUAUGAUAAUUUCACGAGUGAAAUGUUGUCCAAUGUAUCCAAAUAUAUGUUUCCACUUCAUUUGUUUCCAUUGACUGUGGAACAAAAUGAAGAAAAAGCUCGAUGGAGACAAGAACGAAGAAGAAGACAAAAAGGUGAUGCCGAAGACCUUUUAGAGGAUGAAGGAGAAGCAGUUUUAACUAAAAUUCAGAAAACUGCUCGAUUGAAUACUCGCAAUUCAAAAGAUGAUGAUGGCAUUGAGCCCGUAGUAAAACCGGCAAAUGAUAAAGUAACAUUGAGAUAUAUGGCCACCAUUGAGUCAAUUACACUCUCAAAGCCUAUAGUAGGUGAUAAUUUAAUUGACCAAACCGUAUUGGCUGAUAGACCAACAUCGGAAGAAGAUGAUGAAACCUCAAAGACUAUCCAUCAGUUGCAAAAAGAAGUCGAACAAGUGAAACGAUUUGGACUUCGAAGAGAAAUGUAUCCAAAGGAUGCGCGUAUUGCAAGUUUGACCUAUGGUGGUAGUAUGAAAGUUACGAUUCGACUGAAAAACGAAGACACAGGCACUGUUGAAUAUUUGAAGGACAUUGAAAUUAUGCCAGAUUUUCCAGUCAUGCUGAACUCAUCACUUUGUAAUUUGCCUUCUCUGACACCAAAACAAAAGAUGUUACAGGGUGAAGAAGAGCAUGAACCUGGUGGCUAUUUCAUCGUGAGAGGAAGCGAAGUCGUUUAUCGUUUAUUGACUCAACAACGUUCCAAUUAUCCAUUUGCACUUACUAGACCAUCAUGGACUGGUUAUAAAGAAGAUUUCACAGAUAAGGGUAUUUUGGUGAGAUGUAGACAUCCUAAAACAUUUAUUACUCGUCUUGUGAACAUUCACUACAGAAAGGAUGGUGUCGUUUUCAUGAGAGCAGGUAACCCUGUGCCAUAUUAUAUCAACGUUAUUUUAGCCUUGAAAGCUUUGAGAGAAGUAUCAGAUAGAGAUUUGUUCUUAUUACUCACUGCUGGUACCAAGAACAAGGUUACUCUGGAUCGUGUGGUUGAAUUACUGGGAGAUUACAGAAAGACAUUCCCAAUGAUUCAAACUAGAGAGGAUGCCAUUAUUGCGUUGGGAUCUAUUUAUGAUCCAAGUGGAUUACGACGAUUGGAGUGUGCUGUCGACAAGACAAAACUGCUCAAAGCAGGUCAAGAAGUUUUGAAAAAUAUCAUUUUGCCAAUGUUUUGUGAUGAAAGUGAGGAUGAAGAUGAACUUUUGGGAGAUGGAGGAAGUGCAACAGAUACUUUGAGAACUGUUCCAACUAUUUCUGAAUGUCAAAAGAAGUUUGACUUUUUGGUUUAUUGCAUUCAAAAAUUAUACAAAUUCGUGGAUGGUGAAAUUGUUGAGGAAAAUUUGGACGAUUUCGAUAAUCACGAAUUGUUAACUGUUGGAGAAUUACUAUCCAAUACUAUUCCCUUAAUUAUUUACAACAAAAUACAAAUGGUACACGCUGUUGUGGCAAAGCUUUUACGUAAUUCUCCCAGUGAGCUACAAUUUGCAGAGCAACGAUAUUUGACUCUCUUCCGUGAAAGAUCAAAGUACAUUUUACCAAAAUCUUGCACAGCAGAUAUUACCAGAUUAUUCAGUGUGGGUGAUGUUAUGAUUGCUAAUCCAUUCCGUCCAGAGUUAUCUCAAACUCGUGCUCUUUUCACCAAGCUUGAAAGAAUUAAUUUCCUGAGAGUUAUUUCACACUUUAGAGCUACUCACAGAGGUAUUGCAUUCUUGGAAUCUAAUUCUACACGUAUGAGAAGAUUGACACCAUCAUUUUGGGGAUUCGUUUGUCCGGUUCACUCUCCUGACGGUCACUUGUGUGGUUUAGUGAAUCACUUGUCCCAUACAACCGAAAUUGUCACCGUACCAGCGAGGCCAAAAGAAAUUUCUCAAAUUAUUGAAACUUGCAAACGUUUGGGCAUGAUUCCAUCCUCAACAGAAAAAUGCAUUUCAAUUUCCAUUGAAGAAGAGGCUCCAAUUAUGUUGGACGGUACCAUCAUUGGUAAAGUAGCUAACUCUAAAUUGCAAACCUUUGCAGAUCAAUUACGGUAUUGCAAAGUUUCAGGAAAAUUUGGACUUCCAAAGUAUAUGGAAAUUGCUUGUCAACCCAAGUACACCACCAUGGACAUUCCUUAUUUACCACAGCUUAAUAUUUUAACGGAUAUUGCAAGAGCAAUGAGACCAGUCAAAUAUCUUCCAACAAACCAAGAAGAAUGGAUUGGAAGCGGCGAGCAAGUUUAUCUGAGUAUUGCCGUGUCUGCAGAUGAUAUCAAACCUCAAACUACACACAUGGAACUUGAUCCAACCAACUUUAUGAGCUUCCUUGGAAACUUGACACCAUUUUGUAACUUUAACCAAUCUCCACGUUGCAUUUAUCAAUGUCAAAUGGCCAAGCAAUCGAUGGCAGCAGUUUUUCACAGCGUUGACCACCGAGUAGACACCAAACUGUUCGACAUGAAAUUACCCCAAAAACCAUUAACCAGAACGAAACACCAAACUGAUUUACCAUUUGACGAAUUUAAUAAUGGUUGUAAUGCAGUCGUUGCAGUCAUUUCCUAUACCGGUUAUGACAUGGAAGACGCCAUGAUCAUGAACAAGACCUCAUUUGAGAGAGGUAUGAUGCAUGGUACAGUAUUUAAGACUGAAGAGAUUGAUUUAACAGAGUCUGCAUCCUUCCUUACCAACAGAACAUUCAACAAGACAGAAAUUGACUCUGAUUAUAAUGCUAAGGAAUAUGACGAUUUGGAUUAUGAUGGUCUUCCUGAAAUUGGUUUGACUCUCGAAGAAGGCACCGUUUUUGCCAACUAUUUCGAUCCUCAAAAACAAAAAUUCUUCCCAAUGAAGUGGAAAGAUGUUGACUCUGCAACUGUUCAUAGUGUCAAGGUCAUUGCUACCGAUCCAUCCGAUUAUAAGAAAAUCAAACGUGCCUCAGUUACAUUCCGACUCAAUCGUAACCCAAUUAUUGGUGACAAAUUUUCUUCAAGACACGGACAAAAGGGUGUGCUAUCAAUUCUCUGGCCUCAAGAAGACAUGCCAUUCACAGAUUCUGGUAUUGUACCUGACAUUGUCAUUAAUCCUCACGCUUUCCCUUCACGUAUGACCAUUGGAAUGUUGGUAGAAUCCAUGUCUUCAAAGGCAGGAGCACUCCAUGGUUAUUUCCCAGAUGCUACACCAUUUACUUUCGACGAGCAAAAUACAGCUAUUGAUUACUUUGGAGAGCAAUUGAGAAAGGCAGGAUACAAUUAUUAUGGAAAUGAAGUCAUGUAUUCUGGUCCACUAGGAAUACCUCUUAAGGCUGACAUUUAUAUUGGAAUUGUGUAUUAUCAAAGAUUGCGUCACAUGGUUUCUGACAAGUAUCAAUGUCGUGUUGGAGGUCCAACUAAUGCACUCACUCAUCAACCUGUGAAAGGAAGAAAAAAGGCUGGUGGUGUUCGUAUGGGUGAAAUGGAAAGAGAUGCUCUCGUUGCUUAUGGUGCUUCUGCAAUUUUGAAAGAUCGUUUCUUUGAUUGUACCGACUCUUCUACUGCUAUUGUUUGUACACAAUGCUCCCAAAUGAACACUGUGGUCAAGCCUGAUCUAGGUAUUCCACAAGGUCAUGUUCCACACCAUCCAGAAAAUAAUGUCGAUCAUUUAAUUUGUAGCAUGUGUAGAACUGGAGAGUAUUUGAGAACUAUUUACAUACCGUACACAACCAAAUAUUUAUAUUCUGAACUGUCUGCUAUGGGUAUCAAUAUGAAGAUCCGUGUAGAGGAAAACUCGAACAGAAACAUGUAA